AAAAAGCCAGAAAAAACAUGGCAUGAAAUUGAAAAUAAAGAAUCUCGCAACACAGUUUAGCAGAUUAUGUUAAUGGAGACUCGAAACCCUUCUCCAUCCCCGGUUCGAGUUCUCAUUCGUCCACCACCGUCUUCUUCCGCUUCUUCUUCCUCCUCCUCCUCCGCCACCGUUCAUCCCACAUCGGCGCCACCUCCUUCCUCCGACGGUGUAGUAGUCGUCGGUUUUAUAUCGCGACGACACGACGAUUCAACUCACCUGCUCAACCGAGUCAUCGAUUCUAACGUCUUCGCUUCUGGUAACCUCGAUAAGGCGUUACUCAUCGAUAAUGAAGAAGCUAGUGAAUGGUUUAAGCGUAGAAGAAUUAGUUACUUUCGUGACCGUGAUAAGGGGAUUUUGUUUCUUCACUUCUCUUCUGCUCGUUGUUCGACCGUUCACGAUUCGGAUGAAACUUCGCCGGGAUUCGAUUCUGUCGUUGAAGAGCAUGAGUUCGGUGACCUACAGGGAAUGCUUUUCAUGUUCUCUGUUUGUCAUGUUAUCAUAUAUAAUCAGGAGGGGUCACAGUUUGGUACUAGGGUUUUAAAGAAUUUUCGUGUGCUACAAGCAGCAAAGCAUGCUAUGGCUCCGUUUGCUAGGUCACAAGGUGCGCCACCCUUACCGUCCAGAGUGCAUUCUGCAGCUUCAUUAUCUUCUCGAGCUACCUUGUCAGGGAAUAAUUCUUCUCCGGGAAGAGGUGUUGGUGUUGGUAACUUGAAUCGCAAUGCGUCAGCUGUGUCUCUCAUGUCAGGUUUAGGAUCUUAUACUUCUUUGUUUCCGGGACAGUGCAUACCUGUGAUGUUGUUUGUGUUUGUGGAUGACUUCUCUGAUUUAUCGGUUUCCAAUACGAAUGGGGAGGACUCUUCGGAUGUCUCUUCGCUUAACCAGUCUUCUAGUUUGAGUAGUGUAGCCAAGGCAAAUCUGGCUGCUACUAAAGGUUCUGGUUCAGUUGUUGUACUGGCACGUCCUGCAAGUCGAUCUGAAGGUGGACUUAGGAAGAAACUACAGUCGUCUCUUGAAGCGCAAUUUCGCUUUUUGAUUAAGAAAUGUAGAACAUUAUCUGGCUCUGAAGUUACACACUCUGGUGUGAGAACUGGGGCUUCUUCAGCUUCUACAGCUCUCUUUUCACUUGAUGCAUCAAGGGCAGUUGUUUUGUUAGAUCGACUUUCAGUUAAUAAAGGUGAAUCUCUUGAGUUUGCCACAGGACUUGUUGAAGAUGUCUUGAAUGGGAAAGCAACCUCAGAUUCUCUUCUGCUGGAAAGCCAUGGGCAAAUAGCAAGCAAAGAGGAUUUAAUAUCAAUUAAAGAGUUCAUUUACAGGCAGUCUGAUAUUUUGAGAGGGAGAGGGGGGCUAGUUAAUACCAACAGUGGCUCUGGUGUUGGUAUGGUUGCUGUGGCAGCAGCGGCGGCGGCUGCCUCAGUUGCUUCUAGCAAAACAUUAACUGCUCCUGAUCUUCCAAGUUUUGAAACUUGGUUAACUUCAAGUCGUCAUAUCUUGAGUAGAAUUUUCUGUGCAAAAGGGGGUUGUUUAGAUGAAUUAGAAAAUUUUAAAAGAAGACCUCGUCCAAGGAACCCUGUUUCACCUGCAAUGGAAGAAUCUUUGAAGGGUACAGAUCCUUUAGAUGUUGCAGUAUCUUGGUUACAAUGUGGUAGAGGGUUGAACACUAAGUUUUCAACUUUGUGGUGCCAAAGAGCCAUUCCAGCUGCAAAGGAGAUAUAUUUGAAAGAUUUGCCUGCUUGUUAUCCCACAUCAGAACAUGAAACUCACUUAGAUAAGGCUUUGCAUGCAUUUCAGUCAAAGGUAAAAGGACCUGCAGUGCAAAUUUUUGCAAAAACGUUGGAAGAGGAAUGCUCUUCCAUUUGGAAAUCAGGAAGGCAACUAUGUGAUGCUGUUAGUUUGACGGGCAAACCGUGCAGGCACCAAAGGCAUGAUGUCGAUGGCAGUAAUUCAGAAUUGGGAUCUUUGUCCAAGCCACAUUCAAGUGGCUACUUUUUCCUGCAUGCCUGUGCUUGUGGCCGUUCACGACAGUUACACCCAGACCCGUUUGAUUUUGAAUCAGCUGAUGCUUGCUGCUUCUUUGACUGUGAUAAGCUACUUCCUGCAGUCAAACUACCAGAAACUGAAGUUGAAGGACCUGUUCAUUCUUCUGCUUGGAGUUUGCUGCGUAUUGGAGGUUCAAGAUACUACGAAUCUUCCAAAGGCUUACUUCAGAGUGGAUUUUGUGCUACUGAGAAAUAUCUUCUGAAAUGGACAAUAUACUUGGAGAAACAUAAAAGGCUAAAUGGUUCAACCGAGAGCAUAGUGAAACAGAAUUCUGUAAUUAGGGGAUCUAAUGUUGAAUAUAUUGCAGAUGCAAAAGAAACCGGUGAUAGACAAACUCACUCUGCUGUGGAGAGUGGAGUGGAAGACUAUAGAACACCUUUAGAUAUUACUAAAGCUGAUAACAAAGAUAUAAGUUUCGGUAGAGGUUUUCCCAUUUUCAAAAUGAGAAAGCCUUUUUCUGAGGUUGUUGCUGGAUCAGCGGCCGUUGAUUCAGGAUUCCCUCCUCUCCAGCAAAGGAAAUUGCCUACAUUAGGUUCAGAGAAAGAUAUGAAACAAAGCAGGCCAAGUAAUCAGAAUACAGAAAGGAUUAAUGCAACGAUCGAUCAUCAAAUAUCUCUAAAAUUUCAAGAUGUGUCAUUUACUGAGGGACCUCUUCAUGGCAGUGGAAAUAAUAAUCGCAGAGACAGUGACCCUUUUUUGAGGAUAGGUAGCAAUGUAGUACCUGUACACCUUAAUGGCGGUGAAAGGAGCAAACCCCAUUCUUCUUUAAAGCAUGUAAUCGUCAAUGUUGGAUUUGAACAUGAAUGCCCCCGUGGCCAUCGUUUCCUGUUAAGUGCAGAUCAUCUCACUGAACUUGGAUCCUUUUACUCACCAUCUGACGAAUCUCAUUUAUCUUCUUCUAUGGAGCCCACUGAAAGAAAUCAGGCAUCUCAUACUAGAGUAAGCAAUAAUGCUUCCUGGUCCAAAGUUCAUCGAAGCUCAAAUGAAAUUCUUUCUCCAUCCAUUAAUAAGGAAAGAGAUGUUGGAAAGUCAAAUGAAGUCAUUCCUAAUGGUUAUCUGAAUGCUAAUGGACCAGUAUAUACUUCUAUUCCACUGAAGGAAAAAAAUUUGACAUCUGUGAAUAUAUUGGCAAAACCCCCCAAUCUUAUGAAAGAUAGCGGACGGGAUAUGCAUGCUAAUAUCAAGGGUGAUGAUGAACUUGCAUUGUCCAUGCUGAACCGAAAUUUGCCUAUCUAUAUGAUCUGUCCUCAUUGCAGGCGUUCUAGGAAUAAGAAAGAUACAGCAGAGGUUAAGUUUGCUAGCGGUAUCUCACAGCUUAAAAGGAUUUUUAUGGUCACACCGGCGUUUCCUGUGAUACUAGCAACAUGCCCUGUUGUGCAAUUUGAGACGUCAUGCCUGCCUCCAUCAGUUCCGGAUCGUGAACGGAAAUUGCAGUUUAGCCUUGGAUGUCAAGUGAUCUUGCCACCAGAUAGUUUCCUUACCCUUAAAUUACCAUUUGUUUACGGUGUGCAGCUUGAAGAUGGAAACAAGCAUCCUCUUAAUCCCUUUGAACAACAGCCAGAAAUGACUGCCUGGAUAACCAAGGGCACAGUACUGCAGAUCUUGUCCAAAGGGAGCAGUGAUGAGGGAUAUCAAACAUAGUAAAUGCCGACCAAAUCUUUGAGUGGCCUAUUUUAAAUCUAAAUGAAAGGGUUUCAAUAGUUGAUCCAGAACCCAGGAUGAGGAAUUUUGUGGAUGGUGAGUAUGGUCUAUAAUAAAUUCACUGAGCUGUAAUGGAAACACAUGAGAUGCAUCAUUGUUCAGAAUUAACUGCUUUAAUCAUAGUAAGCAUGUUCAUCUGCGCUUUCUGUAAUCUCGUGUGGAUAAAUCAUAAAUGCGAAUCCGUGGAUUGAAUGUUGCUGUCUGGAUUUAUUUGGACGAUACUUGUCAAAUGAAAGUAUUCUACGAUUGAGGGGAGUCUGUGAUUUGCACAUCAAUAGCCACAGACCUUGAAUUGUGCUAGUAAUGGUGAAACCCCACAAAGUUUUAGUUGAUGAAAGGUUGGAUGGCAUCAUCUGCGCUGCAUAGAGUAUGGUGCAACCAAGGCACUGGUUAUUGUCUUUAAUGUAAUGAUGUUGCUCUUCAAUGUGAAACACAUCAAUAUAUAUGAGCAGUGAGCAUUGAUUUUGGUUCUGUCCUGUGCAUUAUUUGUGAAGGGGAGAAGCAACGGAGUUUAGCUUUUUACUUCAAGAGGCCCUAGAAUGGGAUAAUUCUAUAAAUGUUAGCCGGAUGAUGUCAGAAUUUCUUUCAGUGUCUUUGGCUUAGUGGAAGCUUGCUGAUCAUCAAAUGUGCUGAAAAUUGUGUGCCAAGGUCUGAAGGGAUCUUUCAUAGACUUUGCAUUGUAUUUUUUUGUAUUAUCUUAAUUUUUUUUUUUGGAUUUUGGUAACUAUCUUAUUGAUGUGAAAUAUCUACCGACUUUUUCGAUGACUAAUACCCGACUUUAUUGAUGUCUCCUUUCCAACCAUA